GAAAGAGAAUUCGGAUGUGAAGAAGACUGAUGUGGCUUUGACUGGAUUCUCUCCGGCUUCCACACCUAGGAUUUUCUGGAAGUCAAGAAAGAGAUCAGAGAGAAAGAAGAAUAGUGAUAUGACUUGCGGAGUUGCGGUUGCUUUACUUUUACGCUGUUUUACUGGGUUUGGUAACACUCUGGUUGGCUAAUUAAUCACUGUCAUUCUCAUUUUUUGUCUGUUUCUUUUUCUUUUUUAUCCUUUUUGGUUUUCGUAUUACUUUACCUUUUCAUUUCAUUUCAAACCCAAAUAAAUAGAAUCCCUUUUAAAAAAAUAACUGGGUAUUUUUGUUUAUACCUUAUCUUCUUCUGUUUCACGUUUUCAAUUUCCUAAUUACCCUUACAUGUUUUGACUUUGAACGGCUGCUUUACGGAGAAUGCUGCUGCACUCAAAAUCUUUUUAUAAUCCAUUGAGCAAAAUGUCAUCAAUGAUGCUUACCUAAUGGUUAGAUUGGCAGCUAGCGGGAGGAGUUUAGACAUAACAGAGGACACUGCUAAUGAAACCCCCGCCAAAGAGAGAGAAACUUCCGAAACAGAAAAGGAACUGGAGCCAAUUCCAGACACCAUGCUUUCUGAGCGUCGGAAGGCUCUCUUCGAACCACUGGACCCUACAAAUGGCCGCCGGUCAUCUGCUGAAACCUUGCUACCCCCACCAGACUUUGACGCUUCUUGCUAUCCCAAGGGCUGGCUGAUUGGAAAGAAGCGGAAGCUUGUAAAUGUGGAUGUUGUAGAGAGCAUGCGACGGGUUGCUGUCCAAGAAAUGAAUAGAAAGGACCGGGAAAUCAAUGGCCUAAACGAGCAACUCGAAGAGGAUGCGCGUUGUCUCGAACAUCUACAACUCCAGCUUCUGCAAGAGCGGAGCAAACGUGCAGAGGUCGAGAGGGAAAACACAAUGCUGCAAGAUCAGAUAAACAUGCUGAUGAACAUGUUGCAGGAAAACGAGGCAAUGGAAGACGAGGGCACAGAGGAACCUUGAUCAUGAUAGUUUGUUUGAUUGUAUGUCUGUUUGUUUAUUCUUUUGUAGAAUUGUUUGGUUAAGUAUAGAGAGCAAAAUCAUACAUGCAUAUAAUAUUCUUAGCUGACAAAAAAAAAAAAAAAAAAA